CGCUUCGGCAUUCUUCUCCAUUCUCUCUCCUUUCUCUCUGGCGCUCCCUCCUCCUAUCACUCGUCGCCAACGUCCCUCCUUUCCUAGGCAUCUCUCUCUCUCUCUCUCUCUCUCUCUCUCUCUCUCUCUCUCUCACACACACACACACACACACACACACAUAUUCAAUUUUUUUUUUUGUUUUGUCCCAUUCUGUUUGCAUGUGAAUCCAUCUGUGUCUGUCUGUCUGUCGGUCGGUCGGUCUGUGUGGGUGGGUGGGUGGGCGUGUGGGACGUUGGCGAUGGCGGCUAUCGCUGCUCAGGGGGCUUCGCUUUGCAAGUCAACGACAUUAGCCACCCUCUCAUCUGCCGGGGCUGGCGAUGGCGGAGAAACCUGCCAGCGAGGGAGGCUGACACGUGGCGUGCAGGGGAACGACGUGUUCCAAGCGCGCUCUGCUGUUCGAUCAGGCUCUGCAGAUGAGAGGGCGCCACGUGUCAGAAGCUUGUUGCCUCAGUUGCCGCCGCGACGUCGCAAGUUUUCUUCUCAGUUCCUUCCUUCUAUCUCAAGGCAAGAGCUCAGAGCGAAACAGAAAUCCUCCAAAAGAGGGAAUGGCAUUGUCAGUCCUUGUGCUUCAGCAGAGGCAAUCGGUGUGAGAGUUGAGCAGCUAAGGGGCGCAAGGGAGGCAUUGAAAGAGAUCAUCCAGAGCAAAUAUUGCAAUCCAAUUUUGGUACGGCUUGGUUGGCACGACUCGGGAACGUAUAACAAGGAGAUCCAAGAAUGGCCCACGGCCGGCGGUGCAACGGCAAGCAUAAGGUUCAAGCCAGAGAUUGAUCACGGUGCAAACGCAGGUGAGAGGGUUGCCGGGGGGCCUAAGAUCCCGAUGAGGUAUGGCCGAUUGGAUGCCAGCUCUCCAGAGUUCUGUGCCCCCGAUGGAAAUCUCCCAGAUGCUGCUCCUCCAUCUCCGGCAGAUCACCUUCGCAAGGUCUUCUACCGCAUGGGACUGAAUGAUAAGGAUAUUGUAGCGUUAUCUGGAGCGCAUACAAUAGGGAGAUCUCGCCCUGACAGAAGUGGGUUUGGAAAAGAGUCAACCAAGUACACGAAAGAUGGGCCCGGAGCUCCUGGUGGGCAGUCCUGGACUCCUGAGUGGCUUGUGUUCGAUAACAGCUACUUCAAGGAAGUAAAGGCAAAGAGGGAUGAGGAUCUGCUUGUUUUGCCGACCGAUGCAGCUCUAUUCGAGGAUGAAGGAUUCAAGGCGUAUGCAGAAAAAUAUGCGGAGGAUCAAGAAGCCUUCUUCCGCGACUACGCAGAAUCACAUGCGAAGCUAAGCGAGCUGGGCUGUAAAUUUGACCCUCCAGAGGGUAUCGUUAUUGAUGAACCCGCUUCUGCGGCAGACUCAGGGUUUGAAAAGUUCGUUGCUGCGAAGUAUUCGGCGGAAGCAGCCAAGCCAUCCCCAAAGAAGGAUGGCUUAUCACCAGAGAUGAGAGAGAAGAUACGCAAAGAGUACGUUGGAUGGGGAGGCAGCCCCGACGAGCCGACGCCAAACUACUUCCUAUACAUUAUCAUUGGUAUCUCAGUUCUGGCAGUUAUCGUUAAGUUCUUGGGCAUUGUACAGUCCUGACCAUUGAUCAAACAGGUCCAGAGUUCAAACUUCAGGUUUUAAAUCCUGAUGGAUGCAAUAAUGAUAGAGGCUAUCCCCCUUCAGAAAAGCAGAAAAAGAAGAAGAACACGAAGAACAAGAACAAGAACGAGAAGAAGAAGAAGAAGAAUAACAAAAGGAGUGUUGAUGUCAUGUAUUUAAUGAACAACUUCAUAAAUUUAGGACGGCUACUUUAUUUACCCUUAGAUAUGAUAUGGUAAUGCUGUCUUCAGAAGACAUAGUAAAUUAGUAAUCGUACGAGGAUUGACGACAUGUACUCGGCCACCCUUAUAGUAGAAAGUGUAUAUGGCUUUUACAUGUUUACGGUGAUAUUCAUCAGGAGUGCAAUCCCAUUGCAUGAUCGGUGUUCUUCAGGAAGGGAGAGGAGUGAGGGGAGGAGGAGGAAAAGGGAGCGGGGGUGAAGAUGACACACAUUUUACGCUGCAUUGCCAAAGUUUAAUCUUGGCCUGGGAUUUCUUGAGUGCCUAUGUGUGGGCGGUUUGCUUAUAUGAUUAGAUAUCGCGUUUUGGUCAUAUUUGGGUCCAUCUUGUUCAUGUUUUGAUCACAUUCGGUCAUGUCGCAGUGUUGUUUUGGUUUAGGGUUUAGGUCUUAUCUUGGUCUGACUCACAGUUUCGUCGUAUCUUCUUUUCAUUUGGGUCUCUUUUUUGGCCUCAUCUUGGUCACCAUUUGGUCUUAUCUUGGUCUCACAGACGCUCAACUGCGUUUUCAUUUGAGUGGGCUGAAGAGAUCAUUUCAGUGGCUUGUCCGAUGAGGGACAUAUUUCGUGGUGAGGGGCAGUCUCAUGGAUGAUCACUCAUCCCAAAAAAUGGCGCUUGCCGGAUAAGCCAAAUGACCUAUUCAGGUCACUCAAGUACAAAAUGCGAAACGGAAGAAAAACUCAAUUUUAACGAAAAUGCAGUUUCUCACUCUUGGUCACAAUUUGGACUCAUCUUGGUCACAAUUUGGGGUCUCAUUUGGUUUUUGGUCUCGUUUUGGUCUCAUUUUGGCCAUAUUUCGC